AAGUCACUCCCGCUAAAGGUUUCAGACAAAUCUGCCUUGUGUCUAAAUUAUCGCCCAAUCUUCUAAACUCCUAAACAGAAAAGCGCAAACUCAACCCUUUGCACUAACAAUCAAUCUGUUAUACAGAUAUAUACUAUCAAUAGAUUAAUUUCCUGAUAUUCCUAGCAAUUAGCACUCACACACCAUAUUAAUAAUUCAAACAUAUUCACACCAUGGGAUCUUGCGCUUCAAAACCUACAGCCCCUCCCACUGCCAAACCGGUAAAAACCCAACCUACGCAAGCCAAGCGUCAACAACAACGGCAAGCUAUAGCCAACCCUAAACAAAAUACCUCAAUAGAAACCCAGUCAACUAAUGGACAAUCCAACGAAUCUACAAAAUUGCCCUCUUCCGACCUGUCUCAUAUACAUGAACACAAAGCACCUGCCCACCAACCACAUGACCAAAACGGGAUUGUCGUCACGAAUCCCGUUGAUGUCGCUGCACAAAACAAUUCAAGUCAAGAAAUUAAGAUCUUAUUAUUGGGAUCGGGAGAAAGUGGUAAGUCAACUAUUGUCAAGCAAAUGAAGAUUUUACACCAAGAUGGAUAUACCCAAGAAGAAUUAUAUGAGUAUAGAGCAUUUGUUUACAAGAAUAUCUUGGAUUGUAUUAAAAAUGUCAUUAAUGCAAUCAUUGAUUUGGAGCCGGAGUUAAUCAAUAAUAAAAAUGGGAAGAUCGAGGAAGAGCAAGAAGAAAAUGAAAGCCAAGCCGUGGUCGAACUUAAAUCGGACGAACCAGAUAAUACCCAAUAUCGUAAGCACAUUCUUGAUUAUGAUGAUUUGAAUGAAGUUUUAGAUUAUGAAUAUCCAAUGGAUUCCGAUGUUCCUUUCAAUCAAAGUGUCGCUGCUAAAAUUAAAAAUAUUUACAAUAUACCAGAAGUGCAACAUUUUAUGGUUCACCAACAAGGAAAUUUCUACUUGAUUGACUCAACUAGUUAUUUCUUGUCUGACAUUGACAGAAUUGCUGCUGUAGACUACAUUCCAUCCAUCGCCGAUGUUUUAAGAACUCGUAAAAAGACAUCAGGUAUCUUUGAUUUUAGAUUCGAUAUGGGUAAUGGAUUAAAUAUUCACAUGUAUGAUGUUGGAGGACAAAGGUCAGAACGUAAAAAGUGGAUCCAUUGUUUUGAUAAUGUCACCUUAAUCAUUUUUUGUGUUGCCCUUUCUGAAUAUGAUCAAGUAUUAUUGGAAGAAAACAACCAAAAUAGACUUGAAGAAUCACUUGCACUUUUCGAUUCCGUUGUUAAUUCCCGUUGGUUUGCUCGUACCUCAGUGGUAUUAUUCUUAAACAAGAUUGAUGUAUUUGCCGAGAAAUUGCAAUAUUCACCUUUAGAAGCACAUUUCCCCGAUUAUACUGGUGGUAACAACAUAAAUAAGGCUGCAAAAUAUAUCUUAUGGAGAUUUAAUCAAUUGAACAGAUCCGGUUUGAAUAUUUACCCUCACGUUACUCAGGCUAUUGACACUUCCAAUAUCGAAUUGGUGUUUGCUGCAGUUAAGGAAACAAUUUUGGAAAAUUCAUUAAGAGAUACUGGUAUUUUGUAAUCAGGCACAUACUUGAUCCUGUAGAGCUUGCUCAUUCGAUUUUAUACACAAAGACACAUCAAGCUGUCAAAAAGUGUUUUUGAUUUGAUAACGUCGGCUUUUUUGUUCCCAUUUCUAGGUAUAUUUAUUACGUAAAUUGUAUAUUUCAAUUCACAUCCAAUGUUCGUAAGGUAA